AUGCUAGAUGUGAAGGCUAUAGCAAACAGCUUUUUAUGUACUGAAUCUAAAUUUGAUGUUGUGGUUGGCAGACUACAGAUGUGGACAUUCUCAAAAGUCUAUGGCCCUGUGUUCACUCUGUACUUUGGUCCAAAGCCUACUGUGGUGGUACAUGGAUAUGAAGCAGUAAAGGAAGCCCUGGAUGACCUUGGAGAGGAGUUUUCUGGGAGGGGUAGUUUCCCAAUUGUUGAAAGAAUGAAUAAUGGUCUGGGCUCACUCUGUGACCCCACAUUCAUCCUGAGCUGUGCUCCUUCCAAUGUGAUCUGUUCAGUUAUUUUCCACAAUCGUUUUGAUUAUAAAGAUGAGAAUUUUCUUAACUUGAUGGAGAAAUUGAAUGAAAACUUUAAAAUCUUGAACUCCCCAUGGAUGCAAGUCUGCAAUGCUCUGCCUGCCUUCAUCGAUUAUCUCCCAGGGAGUCAUAACAAAGUAAUUAAAAAUAUUACUGAAAUAAAAAGUUAUAUUUUGGGGCGAGUGAAAGAACACCAAGAAACACUGGACAUGGACAAUCCUCGGGACUUCAUUGACUGUUUCCUGAUCAAAAUGGAACAGGAAAAACACAAUCCCCAUUCGGAGUUUACUAUUGAAAGCUUGCUGGCCACUGUAACUGAUGUGUUUGUAGCCGGGUCAGAAACCACGAGCACUACCCUGAGAUAUGGACUCUUGCUCCUACUGAAACACACAGAGGUCACAGCUAAAGUCCAGGAAGAGAUUGAUCAUGUGAUUGGCAGACACAGGAGUCCCUGCAUGCAGGACAGAACCCACAUGCCCUACACAGAUGCAAUGGUGCACGAGAUCCAGAGAUACAUUAACCUCAUCCCCAACAAUGUUCCCCAUGCAGCUACCUGUAAUGUUAGAUUCAGAAAUUAUGUAAUUCCCAAGGGCACGGACCUAGUAACAUCAUUGACUUCUGUGCUACAUGAUGACAAAGAAUUUCCCAACCCAGAAGUAUUUGACCCUGGGCAUUUUCUGGAUGAAAAUGGGAACUUCAAGAAAAGUGACUACUUUAUGCCUUUCUCAAUAGGUGAAUACAGUUUAUUUCUGUUUUUACUUCAGGUACAAGGAAAGCGAAUGUGCGUGGGAGAGGCCCUGGCUCGCAUGGAGCUGUUUUUGCUUCUGACCACCAUUGUACAGAAUUUUAACCUGAAAUCUUUCGUUGAUACAAAGGACAUUGACACUACUCCAGUGGCCAAUACGUUUGGUCGUGUACCACCUUCAUACCAGCUGUACUUCAUUCCUCGUUAA